CUCGAACAGGAAGAGGUACAGACAGAAGUAGGCAAGACAAAAGUGAAGAACGUGCACUUCACGCACGCACACGCACACACACACACACACUCAUAGAGUGACACCCACUGGCGCUGGGCUAUUUAAGCCAGAGCAGAACUUUGAGCUGCAGGUCAAGAAACUCCAAAGGAAGUGGCGAGUGUAGGAAAAGGGCAGGGGGAAGGUGGGUGGAUUAUGGGAGGAGACAGCGAGAAAGAGACAGGAUGACCUGCUACUGAGAUCUUGGGACUCUUUCACCGGAGCGAAGAAAGGAAACUGCACCUAGGAUGAUCUUGCAGCUGUUUUCCAGUUCCGCCGCUGAGCCCUAACCGACCGUGUCCGAGGCUCCCUGGCACAGUGGACUGAGAUGGCAGGCAUGAAGAACAUGGGGCUGGUGCUGGUGGAGUUUGAGUUUGACUACAUGGACCGUGAUGGUGACCUGGUGUCCAUUAAACCCAAUGAGCGGUACAUCCUCCUCUCCAAGACCAACGACCACUGGUGGCAAGUGCGCAGGGAUGACCGUGCCAAGCCCUUCUACAUUCCCGCCACGUACGUCAAGGAGCUCCCAUCAGACCUUCCCCUGCCGCUGGAUUUCAUGGAGCCAGCGAGCCAAGUGGUGGCGAAGCCACGGCACGAUAAAACGGUUGCCGAUGUAGCAGGGGACAGGAGGGACGAGGUGACCAUACGGGCACGCCCGCAGAACCACUACAAGAAGGCAGAGAACCGGAUGUCAACGUUUGGUGUGCCACUGGAUGUCCAUGGGUCUGUCUUCCACUGGGGUGGACUUGCUGAUUCCUCAGUUGCACUCCAACCCCAUGAGCAUGUGCCAGUGGCUCCAGGCCACUCCAGAGACUCCCCACAGCACGCAAAGAGGUCUGGCCCAGCUCCUAGCUCGCUGCUCAGCUCCCAGUCCCACGUCGAAGACCCGCUGCACCUCUCCCAGAAAUCCCGGGUGCCCGGUGUCAGCCCGACUGACCUUCUAGUAAAACUGAGCCAGGCCAAACAGGUGGAACCUCCUGUCAUCAAGGAUGUACAGGUAACCCCACCUGCUCAGGAAUGUGAUGAUAAGGCCAAACCACCAGCAGAACUUCUUGAGACAACCUGCGUGGAUUCCAAGCAGCCAGAAGACACAGAAAAUAUUUACGAAUCCAUAUCGGACAUGGAAGGCCUGCAGCCGAAGAAUUUUCCGCUGUCAGAAUUAGGCCUGUUUGUCACCCCGCCUCCGGCUCCAGCUCAGCCUCCUCCGCCUCCCCCUUCAUCUCAGGUUGACAAUGAUGGCCCUAGUGCUUCGCUUUAUGCCAAUGUGAUGGAGCUUAGAACGAAUGUACCGCAAACCCCCACACUGGCUUCCUUCACCUCCUCAUCCCUCCACCAAAACCCUGGCACGAAUCCCUUUAGCGCUCCCAUGGACCAAGACUUGCCACCAGACUUGUCGACACCUCCUGACCUUCUCAUCCCAGCCCCACCGCCACCUUCUUACCCCGCCCCUCUGGGCCCUGACAUUAAGUUAGCGUCAGAUGGGACUGCCAGGCAGCACUUCCAGAUAAGACCACCAGCAGAGCCUCAAGAUCAGCAAAGAGCCCAAGACAAUGGGCCGCCCCCGCUGCCUAAGGAGGAUUACCCUGCUGAUGAGCACGGGAGUCAUGGGACUCAGGAGCCGGAGUUCCCCGUGUUCCAGAAAGACUACUCGCCUUUGUGGCCAGCGGGGAUACCGCGGGCCACUGUGGACCCGGGCACCCUGACAAGCUGGGGACGCACACAUGACCCCCGUGGGAAAACCGUGGUCACCGGUGUGCCUCAGCAUGAGCAGCUCCAGACACUGUCCAACCAGCCCAAACUGGGGAAUGGCACCGAGGAUGCUGUUCCCAUCGUGAAAAACUGGCGACACACCCUUGGACCCUCGUACUUCGCUGCAGCCCCGGAAGAAACCAACUUCGUCCCGACCCACAGGAGAAAGGCGUCGGAUUACACAAACGAACUGCCCAGCUCAGGAAGUUCUGGAGAACUUCACCAGCAUACCCAUGGCUUGGAGAAAGCGGGAAUCAUCAACAAAACCAAGGUCUCCGAGAAUGGAAAAAGACUGAGGAAAAAUUGGUCUCAGUCUUGGACGGUGCUCCAUGAUGGAAUUCUGACAUUUCACAAAGACCCCAGGUUCGCGCCAGCUGGAAUGAGCAAGUCGAAUCAGAUUGUCCCCGAGUACACGGUGGAUCUACGCGGAGCCACCAUUUGCAAGGCCCCCAAGGAGAAAUCCAGUAAGAAGAAUGUCUUGGAGAUUAGAACAAGAAAUGGCUCUGAGUACCUAAUGCAGUACGACACAGACACAAUCAUUAGCGACUGGUAUAAAGUGAUUGAAGACACCAUUCGACAACUGGACCUGAAUCAUCACACUGAAGAUGAUGGAGAGGAGAGCAGUGACAAGUCCUCGGGCGCCGCAGACAAAGACGACAAAGACAAGAAGAAGAUCCCCACCAAGCAGAGUCCAGUGGCCUCCAGCACGGCGGCGGAGUCGGAGCAGGGCAGGGUGCGCAACAAACUCCGCAAGUUCCUCCUGAGACGACCGACGUUGCAGGCCGUUAAGGAGAAGGGCUACAUCCGAGACAACGUGUUCGGCUGUCACCUGGACACUCUGUGCCACCGGGAGAACGCCACCGUUCCCUCCUUUGUGGAGAAGUGCAUCGCCUCCGUGGAGAAAAGAGGUUUGGAUAUCGACGGCAUCUAUCGCGUCAGCGGUAACUUAGCCGUCAUCCAGAAACUGCGAUACAAAGCAGAUCACGAGGAGAACCUGGACCUGGAAGAUGGACAAUGGGAAGAGAUUCAUGUCAUCACGGGCGCAUUGAAACUCUUCUUCCGGGAGCUUCCGGAGCCGCUCUUCCCGUUCAGCCAUUUCGACGGCUUUAUUGCCGCCAUAAAACUUCAAGACUACAGUCAGAAGGUGUCGUACAUCUGCGACCUGGUGAAGUCCCUCCCUCUUCCUAACCAUGACACUAUGAAGCUGCUGUUCCAACAUCUACGCAAAGUGAUCGAGUUUCGAGACGUGAACCGCAUGUCGGUCCAGAGCGUAGCCAUCGUCUUCGGACCCACGCUGCUCCGGCCGGAGACGGAAUCAUCCAACAUCACCGUGCACAUGGUCUACCAGACCCAGAUCGUGGAGCUCAUCCUCAAUCAGUUUGAGCAGAUCUUCCAGUCGAACUAAAGGGGCAGUGCAUCUUAAAGGGUGACACCACACCUCUUGUAUGGAUCUGCACAGAGCCACGAGGACCCGUGGACUGCGAGCAGGGCUGGGUCUUGGCCGAAAGAUCCGGCUGGAUACCCUGCUCCAUUGACAAAUAUAUUUCUACUACUCCGUUUGAUGUAGUUUUAACAUAAGCUUUACCCCAGUUGCUGACUCUGUCGACAAUAGCAGUUGCCCCUCACCCCAAAACACACACACACACGCAGUGACACAUACAUACCCGUCUGUACAUCUCUUUUGGUACUUUGUGUAGUGAAACAAACAAAACGUAGAGGGGACGGUUUCUCACGUCAUCAUUUCUUUCUCUAUGUGAAUCUCUGUCUCUUUUGGAAAAGUUUGAUAUCGGGGCUGUGGAUGUGGGAAUGAUGUUCCGAUGUGGUGUUCUGACAAGCCGUGGAGCCGUUUGAAUGGCGGCGUGUAUUUCUCGUACAUUCUAACGAAUCAUCCGAGGGUAAAAACUGGAAUUUUACUAUGUAGUAGCUGUAAAAGGAAAAUAGCCAAGUGUUUGUGGUUAAAGGGAGUCGUUGUGAGAAAUAUUAUUUAAAUGGUCUGCCACCUUAAAAGAAAGUAUCUGAAAGAUUAUUUCCUUACUCUAAAGGUAGGUUGCAGAGCAUAUACAGGUGAGUGCAGAUUUUUUUCAGGGUGAACCAUUGUAAUUAAGAAAGCAACUUUUUUUAUUUGUCAGACUCAAAAAAAAAAAAAA